GUUCAGCUAUCAAAACUAACAUAGUUUUAUGAAUUGUAUGGCAUAAUAUCUACUUAACUAUCUUCACUAUAACUUAGUAAGUAAUUAGAAGAUAACGGACGGUGCAACAUGGUUUCAAACACUUCAAUGUUCCAAUUUAUUUCUAGCGCAAAAAUGUAAAACGAAUGUUUCCUUAGUUAACUACAAAUGGAAGUGACAAAACCUUCACAUUAGCUACUUAAUUUGUUUCAAUAUUUAAGCUUUCCACAACAUAAACAGUCAACAUGGGUGUGAAAAUGCAUCCCAAAAAUGUAGCAAUCAACAAAGAACUGCACAAAUAUCGUGAUUUGGAGGAGAUUCUGAAACCGUUCAACCUAGUGUACAGGGAUGAGUGGGAUGAUGAGCAACAGCUGGAGACAAGUGGAGCAGAUCUUGUGAAAGUUAGCACAGAAGUGUCAACUGUUGUGAUUCCUCCAUUGAAACAUCCCAUAUCUGCCGUGCUCUUCUCAUACACACAAACCCCUAUGUGCGGACUGUUCGACGAGUGCCAGAGAUUUCUCAAGGCUAUGACUAAGGAGAGUUUGAAGAAAGGAAUGCCUGACAUUCCCUACAGUUUUGCGAUUGGCGGAGACGGUACUGUCUACGAGCUACGUGGGUGGACGAAAAAACCUGAAAUGAGCGAAAAAUAUCCACAAUUAGAUGGAGCUGUGAUAGAAAUUGCUCAUUUUGGACAGCAAGGUUCUCCACCACCACUAACUAUGGCCAAUGCUGCUUGGGAACUUGUCCAAUACGGUGUGAAAAUAGCGUUCAUGAAGAAUAAACCUCGAUUCUACACGGACUACCAUGAUUAAACAUUAACUGAAUAUUUUUAUAAGUGUAAAUAGGGUGUAAAUAAUUGUGCCUAAAUCGUUUAUAGUGUAUCCAUGUUGUUAGUAUUUACGUAUAAAUAUUUGUUAUUAUUA